AUGGCCGAACCAAACCUCGAACCUCGCGAAGAUGCUAGCGGAACAGUAGGCAUUGGACAAGGACCCCAGGUCGUCAGCACCUCGGAUACCCUGGAUGUCAUUGCUGGACCGCUCCUCAACUACCGGCGCACCAGCAAUCAGCAGACUGGCCAGCCGGUCUGGCAUGGCAGCGUCUUGAUAGUCACCACCCCAGGACAGCAGAGCCCACAGCUCGUCCUGUCUCCUGCCGGCGCUGUCAAUGCGACCAUCGGCAACAACGCAAGAUUCACCGUAGACGCCCGUACUUUCCACGGCGAGAAGCUGUACGAGGACCCGAACAAGGCCUUUUGGCGGUUCAUCAUCGAGGCACCCAUGCAGCAGUUUGAGUCGCGAUGGAGCUACGACAUCCAGAAUCUCGUCUACGUGGACCGUGCCAAGUUGCAGAAGCCGCAGAACUUCGUCAUACCCUCCAUCACCCAGUCGAUGCGCAUCAUGUUCCACUCCUGCAAUGGCUUCAGUGUCGGCACCGAUGUAGACGCUUGGUCUGGUCCGGCACUCUGGAACGAUGUCCUUCGCAUGCACGAGCAGCGCCCCUUCCAUGUCAUGAUAGGAGGAGGUGACCAAAUCUACAACGAUGGUGUGCGCGUGGACGGCCCGCUCAAGCCGUGGACGGACAUCCACAAUCCGCAUAAGCGACGCGAAUACCCGUUUGGCGAGCAAAUGCGCGCAGACUGCGACGAGUACUACUUCAACAACUAUGUCCGCUGGUACGGUCACAAGCCUUUUUCUACCGCCAACCGUCAGAUCCCCCAGGUCAACAUUUGGGAUGAUCAUGACAUCAUCGAUGGAUUUGGUUCCUAUACUGAUCAUUUCAUGAAAUGCGCCGUCUUCAGGGGUAUCGGUGGUGUUGCCCAUAAAUACUACCUCCUGUUCCAACACCACCUCGCACCCCCAAAGAGCACAUUCACCACUGAUGCGCCGCAGACCACUCAGGCGGCAGCCGAUGGUUCCGCGCCGGCGGAUCAUGUGCAAUUGAGGAAUACGUUUGUCAUGACCGACGAUGUAGGCGACCCAUCCUACCUCAUUGGAGCCAAGCCUGGCCCCUAUGUUGAGGAACGCAGUCGUAGCAUCUACUGCCAACUGGGUGCGCGCAUUGCAUUUGCAGGUCUCGACGCGAGAACCGAGCGCACCAGACAUCAGAUCAACUACCCCGAGACAUACAAGAUGCUGUUUGAUCGUCUCGACAAGGAGUUCUCCGCCAACACCGAACUAAAGCACUUGGUUCUAUUGCUGGGUGUCCCAAUCGCCUACCCACGCCUCAUCUGGCUCGAGAAUAUCUUGCAGUCUCCCCUUAUUGCGCCCAUCAAAUUUCUGAACAAGCGCUUCGGAUUCGCAGGUGGCUUCUUCAACCAAUUCGACGGCAAAGUGGAUUUGCUCGACGACCUGGACGACCACUACACGGCACGGCAACACAAGACGGAGCGCAGAGAGCUCAUCCAAAUGCUCCAAAACUUCUCCAAGAAGUACUCGGCCCGCGUCACCAUCCUCGGCGGAGACGUCCACCUCGCCGCCAUCGGCCGCUUCUACUCCAACCCCAAGCUGCAAAUUCCAGCAGAGCAGGACUGGCGCUACAUGCCCAACAUUGUCAGCUCAGCCAUCACCAACAAGCCGCCGCCCCAGGCCGUGGCCAACCUACUCGCCCGCAGAAACAAAAUCCACCACCUCGACCACGACACAGACGAAACCCUACUCGAAAUCUUCGACCGCGACCCCGGUCCACCAGGCACCCACGGUAACUACGGCCAGCCCAACGGCACCGCCCACGCAAACGGCAACGGCACCACCACCACCACCACCGAUACCACGGACAAGAAAAUCGACAAGAAAACCUCAGACGCAAACCACGCCACAAUGCCCUCCCGCAACUACGCCAUCAUCUGUGAAUCCGCCCUCCCACCCUCCUCCACCCUCUCCGCCCCUACCCCCACCCCCGGCACAGCCCCCUCCAUCACAACAACCACAAACGACGCCGCAUCCACCCUCUCCGCGCCCCCCUCGCGCAAAGACAAUCCCCGCCUCCCCAUACACGCAGGUGAGAAACAAGCAGGCACGCGACAUCCAGCCGCCAAUGGGAUUACGAGUUCCGGGCUGUGUGGGCCGCAUGGUCUCGAUGUUACGCUGCGGGUUGAGAUUUCUAAUUCUGAUGCUGGGGGUGGGACGGAUGGGUAUGGGUUUUGUAUUCCGGGGUUGCAGAGUGCGGGGUUUGUGGAGCAGGGGGGGAGGUGGUGA